AUGAAGAAAACCCUUGUUGUACCUUCCACCACGGCGUCAUCUUCUUCGGUGUCUACAUCAUCCUCAGUGAAGUCAAGCACCACCGGUACUCCGGUGGAAGAAGACCGAACCGAAAGCUGCUACUACCCAGGUUGCAGAAAAGACGCCAAUUGCAACUGUGAUAUAUGCUUGGACAGCAUCAAUGCCACUCUUGAUUUGAUGCCCUUCAGCGUCCAGAAGAGCUCGCUGACCGAGUUCUCGUCUUCCAGGCCCGAUCGGCCCAAAACUAGUGUUGAACACACGCCCAUUUCUUUCGACGCUUCGGUUUUGUCCACCCCCAUAUCCACCUCUGCUCGGUUUCAAGCUUUUCCGGAUCUCAAGCCUGAUGCGAGAUUGGAUUUUGGGGAUAGUGUGGUGGAGAAAGAUGAGGGGAGGAAAUGGGGUUUUGGGUCGUGGGAUUGUUGGAAACUGAUUGUGGGUUUGAGUUUGGUUUAUGUGGUGGUUUAUUGGGUUUAUUCUAAUUUGGGUUCUGGGGUUUUGAAACCUGUGUUGUCAGCUGAGAUUGUGAGAAGUGUUAGUGAGAAAUCUUGGGUUGUGCCAGAUUUGAAUGGGAGGCUGAGGUUCUUGCAGAAAGAGGUGCAGGGUCUUGCUCCUGGAAAGGUUUCUAAUUGCAGCUAUCCUAAUUCGCUUUGGGAAAUUACUCAGGAUGGUUUGCUUCUGAGUUCACAUUGUAAAAUGUUCAAAUCUGCAAUUGAGGAGGUGAGCAUAUGGGGAUGGCCUUUGCAGACUGCAGGGUUGCUCACAACUGGGUUUUCGUCUCGGUCUUUCACAAUCUUAUCAGGCAGAGUCACAGAGUGGUCGGAUGGAAAGGUUGGAUACGUGAUUCGAAAGGAAAAUUCGUCCUGGGUGCAAAGAAAUUGGGGUGCCUCGGCAGUGCAGUUAGAUCCCAAUACAUGGAUUCUUGAGUAUCGCCGGUGCUCAAUAUCUGACAACCAAAGAUUGGUUUCAGCAGUACUUUCUUUCUUGAAGUAUAAACUUUCAAGAGCAUUUGGAAAGAUUAAGCAGAAGUUUUGGCUCCCCUCUGCUUUUGGAAACAACCAGUACUAUGACGUUACUGCUGAAUACAACAUUAAAAUCCCAACCUGA